AUGCUUAAACAGAAAGUUAGCCUUGCUGAAGAACAAGAAGUCAUGAGACCACCAAAGAAAAGGUGCACUGUGAACAUGGUGUCAAAUAAAUCUUUUGAAGCCUCUGACAAGGCAAAGGGAGAAGGUGCUACUGUCAGCAAGGAAGCCCAGGUGGGGACGUUGCCAGGUAGUUCUAAUGACUACUCACGAAAAUGUGCUGAAAGCCAGAGUAAGCCUGUGGCAGGAGAUGCCAUUCUCCCCAGUCCAGAAGAUUCUCUACCUGACAACUCUCUUCAUCGCAAAGAUGAUGAUGACAUCACCGUUACAGGGGGAAGUGUUAGCAGUGCUCACUCUGUAGGCACUGUCAAUGCCCCAGUAAUGCCUUCAGCAGAAUCUGGGCCCUCUGCGUCCCUGCUGAGCCCAAAUGUAACUAACUAUGAAAUAAAAUGUGCCCUGAUGACGGAAAUUCGACGAUAUGGACGACAAUAUGGAAAGAUUUUCAAGAUUCUUGAAGAAGUGCCAGGGCCUCCGGAAGUCAGGAUACAGUUUGUCGAGUUCACCAUCAAGGAAGCGGCAAGGUUUAAAAGACACCAUUUAAUAAAUUAUCUUGAGAAGAUACUGGAAAAAUUAAUGGCAGAAAGGUCUCUCAACAAUGAUGAUCUACAUCCAAGCGUGUGA